AUGAAGAGCGCUGUGAUUUUUCUAGCUGUAUUUGCUAGUUUCGUUUCACAGUUACUUGCAGCAGAGACCCAUACUUGGUGGUUUGAAGCAGGAUGGGUGGAUGCCAAUCCAGAUGGCAUGAUGGACAGGAAGAUGAUUGGUUUCAACAACUCGUGGCCAUUGCCAACUUUGAGAGUUAACAAAGGGGACCGAAUUCAGCUAUAUUUGAUUAAUGGGUUCGACGAUAGAAACACUUCAUUGCAUUUCCAUGGUAUGUUCCAAAACGGCACCAAUCAAAUGGAUGGCCCCGAAAUGGUUACUCAAUGUCCCAUCCCUCCUGGGGAGACUUUUUUGUACAAUUUCACCGUUGGUGACCAAGUGGGCACUUAUUGGUACCACUCGCAUACCAUGGGUCAAACUGGUGAUGGUAUGAGGGGUGUCUUUAUCAUUGAAGAUCAUGACAAUUUCCCCUAUGACUACGACGAAGAAGUUAUUUUAACUUUAUCUGAUCAUUAUCAUCAGGAUUCUGACGCCUUGAUCCCCAAGUUCUUGAGUAGAUUCAACCCCACGGGAGCAGAACCAAUUCCGGCAAAUUUUUUGCUCAAUGAAACUAGAAACAACACUUGGAAUGUUGAACCAAACAAGACUUAUUUGUUGAGAAUUGUCAAUACUGGUGGCUUUGUUUCUCAAUACCUUUGGAUGCAAGACCACGAGUUUACCGUAGUGGAAAUCGAUGGUAUCUACGUGGAGCAAAACACAACCAACUUGUUGUACAUUACUGUUGCUCAAAGAUACACGGUAUUGGUCACCACCAAGGACACGGCUGACGAAAACUAUGCCAUGAUGAAUCGAGUCGAUAUUGACAUGUUGGACGUUAUCCCAGACGAAUUGGAAUUGAACGGUACCAAUUAUAUCGUUUAUAACCAGGACAAGUUCCAACAAGAGAAACCUCAACCGUACUUGUUGGACUCUAUCGAUGACUUCCUCGAUGAUUUCUACUUGAAGCCACUUUCCAAAGAGAAAUUGUUGGAUGAUGCCGAUUACACAAUCACGAUUGACGUGCAAAUGGACAAUCUCGGUAAUGGCGUCAACUAUGCCUUUUUCAACAACGUCACCUACGUCAAGCCCAAGAUCCCAACUUUGUUCACCGCGUUAAGUGCAGGCAGAUUAGCAACGAACGAGUUGGUUUACGGUACAAACACCAAUUCAUUUGUCUUGCAAGGUGACGACGUGGUCGAUAUCGUGUUGAACAACUUGGACACGGGUAAGCACCCUUUCCAUUUGCAUGGUCACACUUUCCAGUUGAUUGAAAGACACGAAGCCAUCGAUGACAACGACGACCCCGUGGCCUUUAACGCGACCGACCACGCCGAGUGGCCCGAGUAUCCCAUGAUUAGAGACACCGCUUACGUCCAGCCGCAAUCGUACAUGGUGAUGAGAUUCAAAGCUGACAACCCCGGUAUAUGGAUGUUUCACUGCCAUCUUGAAUGGCAUUUGGACCAAGGUCUUGCCAUUAUAUUGGUGGAAGAUCCAUUGGCUUUGCAGAAUGAAGAAAGUCAGCAAUUGACUGAAAACCAUAAGCAAAUAUGCAGCAAGAAUGGUGUUCAAGUUGAAGGUAAUGCCGCUGCUAGUAUGGACUUUUUGGAUUUAUCUGCUCAAAACGUGCAAGAAAAGAGAUUGCCCACUGGAUUCACCGCAAGAGGUAUUGUUGCCUUGGUGUUUUCUUGUGUUGCAGGUGUUCUUGGAUUGGUGGCGAUUUCCUUUUACGGAAUGCAAGAUAUCGAUGAUGUCGAAGAAAGAGUUGCACGCGACUUGGACGUGGACUUAGAUGAAGAUGAUGAUGAAGAAGAAGAUGGGGCAGUUGCAGAGAUUGUAGCAUCCAAUUCUUCGGCUGGAGACUCAUCAACUCGAAAGCAUUAA